ACCACUCGUCCACCGCGAGAAGGUGAAAUUGACGGCGAACAUUACCGAUUUGUAUCUGUGGACGAGUUUACUCGAUUACAAACAGAAGGAAUGCUAUUGGAACAUGGUACCUAUCAAGCCUUCAUAAAUCUACUAUUUCACAUCUAUUGGACAACUAGAACAAAUUACUUUCAUGAUCGUUGCGUUCGAUAUGCAAAUGUGACCUCAAAUACGGAGUUAAUGCGCUUUGUGCCAGUUCUACAUCUACUCCACGAAGUCAUUCAUCCGAUCGUAGUUGUUCGAAACGACCAAUAA